GGCUCACAUCACUGCCAUAGCUAGUGUUGAAUACAUGUACAGUGCUGACUGGAUUAGUCAGUGUUUACAGAAAAGAAGAGGGGGGAAAAGUGUCCUUGGAUUAUAACAGCCUCCACAGGAUUACUUAAUCUGUGACGCAGCAGAAUAACAACACAGUGCGCCAUCUGCGUCGCAGGCAGGUCUCCCGGGAAGAAACCAAAACACUGGCCAGCAUGCUGCGUUUGCCUGUUGUGAGCCGGACUCUUUUUCCAGCAGCAAUAAUCAAAGGAAGUGCGUCUGCAACAAACAAUGGUCGCACGGCAGCAACGGCAGCUGCCAGUAACCUUCUGGAGGUGUUCGUGGAUGGCAACCCUAUUAUGGUGGAGCCAGGAACCACCGUGUUGCAGGCAUGUGAGAAGGUAGGAAUGCAGAUUCCUCGCUUUUGCUACCAUGAGCGCCUGUCAGUCGCAGGAAACUGUCGCAUGUGUCUUGUGGAGAUAGAGAAAGUUCCUAAGCCAGUGGCAGCAUGUGCGAUGCCAGUCAUGAAGGGCUGGAACAUCUUAACCAACUCUGACAAAACAAGAAAGGCCAGGGAGGGUGUGAUGGAGUUCUUACUGGCGAACCACCCACUAGAUUGUCCAAUUUGUGAUCAGGGGGGAGAAUGUGAUCUACAGGACCAGUCCAUGCAGUUUGGCAGUGACAGAAGCCGCUUCACAGAGGGCAAAAGAGCUGUGGAGGACAAAAACAUCGGCCCACUUAUCAAAACCAUUAUGACUCGCUGCAUCCAGUGCACUCGCUGUGUGCGCUUUGCCAGUGAGAUUGCAGGUGUGGAGGACCUGGGUACCACUGGCAGAGGCAAUGACCUGCAGAUUGGGACCUACGUGGAGAAGAUGUUCAUGUCCGAGUUAUCUGGGAAUGUUAUCGAUAUAUGCCCAGUGGGGGCCCUCACUUCUAAACCAUAUGCAUUCACUGCUCGCCCUUGGGAGACCAGGAAGACUGAAUCCAUUGAUGUUCUGGAUGCUGUGGGCAGUAACAUUGUGGUGACCACUCGUGGGGGUGAGGUGAUGAGAAUCUUGCCUCGUCUUAAUGAGGAUGUUAAUGAGGAGUGGAUCUCAGACAAAACUAGGUUUGCGUAUGAUGGACUCAAAAGGCAGAGGCUGACUCAGCCAAUGGUUAAAAACAAGUCAGGGCAAUUUAUUACCACAACCUGGGAAGAUGUGCUGAGUCAAGCUGCUGGAGCAUUGCAAGGAGUUGAAGGAAAUGCUGUUGCUGCUAUUGUCGGAGGCUUGGUGGAUGCAGAGGCUCUCGUUUCCCUGAAAGAUUUGCUGAACCGUUUGAAUAGUGACAACCUGUGCACUGAAGAGGUGUUCCCAAUGGCUGGAGCUGGAUCUGACCUGCGUUCAAACUAUCUUUUAAACACUGGGAUUGCUGGCAUUGAAGAAGCUGACCUGAUGCUUCUGGUUGGUACAAACCCCCGCUAUGAGGCUCCUCUCUUCAAUGCACGAAUCAGAAAAAGCUGGCUUCACAAUGAGUUGCAAGUGGCUCUUUUGGGAAAGGCAGUGGAUCUAAGUUACACAUAUGACCAUCUCGGGGAGUCUGCCAAGGUUCUUCAAGAAAUUGCGUCAGGAACUCACCCAUUCUCCCAGGUCUUAGCUAAAGCUAAGCAUCCUGUUGUUGUGGUUGGAAGCAGUUGUCUGCAGACAGAGGACGGGGCUGCUAUCAUGGCUGCUGUGUCAGCCAUUGCUCAGAACGCUCGCAUCAGCAGUGGCGCUGAGGAAACCUGGAAGGUUCUCAAUGUGCUUCACAGGGUUGCCAGUCAAGUGGCUGCACUUGAUCUUGGAUACAAACCAGGUGUGGAGGCGAUCAGAAAGAACCCACCCAAAGUUCUGUUCCUACUAGGAGCAGAUGCUGGCUGCAUUACUCGCCAAGACCUACCAAAGGAUAGCUUCAUAAUUUAUCAAGGUCACCAUGGCGAUGUUGGGGCACCAAUGGCUGAUAUCAUACUACCUGGAGCUGCAUACACUGAGAAAUGUAGUACCUAUGUGAACACUGAGGGCCGUGCCCAGCAGACCAAAGUGGCUGUGACUCCCCCAGGCAUGGCAAGGGAGGACUGGAAGAUCAUCAGAGCCAUUUCUGAGCUUGCUGGAGUGACUCUGCCAUAUGACACCCUUGAUGAAGUACGAGAUAGAUUGGCAGAGGUUUCCCCAAAUCUUGUGCGAUAUGAUGAUGUUGAGGAGGCCAACUACUUUAAGCAGGCUAAUGAACUGUCUAAGGCAAUGAACCAGGCUGUCCUUACUGGACCUUUAGUCCCUCCACAGCUUACUGUGAAGGACUUCUAUAUGACAGAUCCGAUAAGCAGAGCCUCCCAGACGAUGGCCAAGUGUGUGAAAGCUGUCAGGGAGGGAGCACAAGCUGUGGACGAGCCAGCCAUAUGCUAAAGCACAAUGGAUAUAUACAUCUAAUCCUGUACGCACAACUCAGCUAUUUGCACAUGUCUAGAAUUGUUUAUAUUUGCACUGUUAGAUUAUAGUAAGUGCAUAAUUAUCUAUGCAAAUUAUGGAUCUAACAUAUUUUACAAACCUGCAGAGGCAAGUGCUUCUUGCAGAGUGGAUAUGUAAGAUAAACGUUUAGCAAAUCUCCAAAAAUGCACUCCUAACUGUUUAGGUUUUGACCUCUUUUUAUAGGGUGUAACCAAAGGUUUAAAAAUCCUUAUGCUUCAAAAGUAAAUAUAGUAAUUUGUCUUCUUGUAAAAUAAUUAAAAGUGUUAAGAUUAUAUUUUCAUAAAGGUAUAUGGAGUAUAUAGUAUUACAAGUAUUGCUAUUUGUGUAUGAACCAGUUUUUUUUUAUAGCAAGCGUAAUGAACCCCCCACCCCCCUCUAUUUAAGUUUGUGUUCCUAUUAAAAAAU